AUGUUUGAACUCACCCCAGGAUUCGACCCCCUCAACCCUCACACACGCUACCCCAUCGCCUUCAAAUGGCCCAACGGCGGCCGCAUCCGGCUCGGCGCGUUCCAGCACUGGCACCCAGACGACUACCCCGCGCGCCUCGCGAACAUGAUCCGCGACGCGCACGACGACAUCAGCGCGGACAUGGUCGCCCCCGUGCGCUGCGCGGCGUGCGCGCGCCUCCCGUUCGCGACGGCGGACGUGUGCACGGACGCCGCGCACGCGCACGCGCGCGUCCCGAGCGGCGCGCCCGCGCGCAUGCACUUCUGGCCGACGCCGGUGAACCACGACGUGCGGGCGCACACGCGCCCCGCGGACCCGCCGCUGACGGUGUACCCCGGCGAGGGCUUCACGCUCGCGCACGCGCUCGGGAACCUGCUCUGGGCGCAGCACCGCGCGCGGGCCGCGGCGCUGGACCGGAUGGCGGGGCGGUGGCGGAUCACGACCCCGCGCACGCUCACGGGCCGGUUCGAGGACGGGUACGGGAUGCUGCACGUCACCGCGGUCGUGCGCUGGCUGGACGCGGCGGGCACGAACUGGCUCGCGCUCGAGCUGGGGCGGGUGCCGGACGGGGAGGAGUUUCCUGGGGUGGUGUUCGACGAGGGGGACGAGGACGACGAUGAAGACGGUAGCGAUGAGAGUGUGGAGGCCAGUAGUGGGGAUGAUGGGGAAUGA